AUGCAUCGCUACAUUUCUGACUCAAAUGCUGGCGAGGCUGCUCGCCGUGCUGCUUCAGCCACCAACGCUGCUAGCUACGCUUCCAAUGCCCGUCCAUUUGUUCCUCACUAUCAAGCGACAAGAGAUCUCCACCGUAGCCGCAUCGGCAGCAUUCCCGGAGCUAGUGACAGUGGCGCCGAUCUUGCGUCCAAUGCCGACUUGGAUGUCGAGAUGGCUGACAUUGCAGAGAUCGUGGCUCCAGUCAACAAAUGCUCCGACCCUGUUGAAGCCCUUCCCACUGAGAUCGUCACUUUGAUCCUCUCACACCUCGAUCCCGAGAGUCUUAAGGCGGCCCAACGAGUUUCCAAGAGCUGGUCUCGCAUCGCCAAGGACCCUCUGAUCUGGCGUGCACAAUACCUCCGACAAUACGAGAAGCAGACCUAUGUGUCACCUGCACCUAUCCAGAUUGGCGGUACUGGCACAGGACUCCCCGAUCAGCCUAUGCAACAUUGGGAAUUGAUGCACGACGCUAGAAGACGUAUUGACAAGAACUGGACCCGUGGCGAUCAAGGCGGCAAGGGUAUCUAUCUGGCCGGCCACACCGAUUCCGUCUACUGUGUUCAAUUCGAUGAGCAAAAGAUUAUCACCGGAUCUCGCGACCGCACAAUUCGUGUUUGGGAUAUCAACACCUACAAGUGCCUUAAGGUCAUUGGCGGUCCUAGCGUUCGUCCCUCUCCUGGACCUAAGGUUUUGCGUACUGUGGAAUACCCCAAGUUCCACCAUGCCGAGACAUCUGUUAAUGGCACUGCCUACGGCAACAGUAUCUACCACGUUCCUUCCGACUUCCACAGCGCCAGUAUCCUCUGCUUGCAGUACGACCACGAGAUUCUCGUCACUGGCUCCAGUGACAACGAUCUUCUGGUCUGGAACAUCAACACUUUCGAGCCUAUUCGUCGUCUGAAGCAGCACACUGGCGGUGUCCUUGAUGUCGCUUUCGAUGAGAAGCACAUCGUUUCCUGCUCUAAGGAUUGCACCAUCAUCGUCUGGGAUCGCAAGACUCUUGAGCCCAUUCGCACCCUUACUGGUCACCGCGGUCCUGUCAACGCUGUUCAACUCCGUGGUAACCUUCUUGUUUCUGCUUCAGGCGACGGAGUUGCACGUUUGUGGGAUUUGAACAAGAUGCAAUGCGUUCGCGAAUUCCCUCAGAAGGAGCGCGGUCUUGCUGCCGUUGAAUUCAGCGAUGAUGCUAAGUUCGUCCUUGCUGGUGGUAAUGACCAUGUCACCUACAAGUUCGAAGUUGCGACUGGAAACGAGGUCAAGCAAUUCACUGGCCACACUCAAUUGGUGCGUUCGCUGUUCCUUGACACUCAGAACCGUCGCGUUGUCAGCGGUUCCUACGACUUGGACCUGCGCGUGUAUGACUAUGACACUGGUGCUCUCCUUGGUCGCUUCAACGAGUGGACUACUUCUUGGAUGUUGGCGGCCAAGUGCGAUUACCGUCGCAUCGUCUCUACCAGUCAAGAUGGUCGCAUUCUCAUGAUCGACUUUGGUCGUGACAAUUCUGGCCAAGUCAUGCCUGGUGUCGAGCUUCUUAAGAGUGUUGAGCCGCUCUCGCUAUAA